AUGGAGCGAGUCGUCCGGUCCAACAAGAGAGCAGAAGUCGGACAGUGUGACAAGUCCAAGAGGGAGGCAAACAUCAGCAGAGAGUGUGGCCCCAAAGGCGCCGGCGUCUGUUUCCAGAGCCGUAGCCGUGGCCGUAUACUAGAGGUUAGACGGAAAGAAGCAGCCCAUCGAAUCGCCCCCAGACGACCAGAGGAAAUCAAGACUUCAGACUUCAAGAUACGCGGACGGGGUACUUUGUACAGGUGGGAGCCCCCAACCAAGCUCUUCGACGCUAGCUCGGGUCUCAGGUACCGCAGCUUGCGGUGGCCACUCAGAGGCUCGCAGAAUGACACCGGCGGGAUGUUCUGGUGUGAGUGGUACAGCAUGUUCAGCUCCCACUUUGCGCGCGAGGGAUUUCCAGCCAAUUCAAGCCCGCCGUCCGUCGUCUUUGGUUCCUAUGGGACCGAGCCGGAUGAUGCUCUGAGCAAUGAGUCGCGGCAGGUCGUCGCUGUCAUUGUCAUCAUUCAUGUUGCGCCAUCAUGGUCCUCCUCCACCGGGGGGUCGCACUCGCAGCGAGACAGAUCAGCUGUCAACCAGAGCUGGAAUGAGGGGCUCGAUUGCCUGCCGAAGCAGCCUCAACGUCAACGCUCGUGUUGGCAAGGACACGGACACCCACAAGACAGAAUGAGGAUGCUGAAGAUGCAUUUCUCAUAUUUCUGUCGAGAACUCGAGGGCCCUCGUCCCAAGUGCGGGCACUCGCCUAACCAUACCUUACUGCUCACUGAAAGCGCUUGGCUGGAGUCGUAUGAUAUCCAGACGCAUUACUGCCGCAUCAGAACGAACCCCGCGAGACUCGAGAGACAAGGCACGUCGGAGGCGGAAGAGGUGCAGGAGAGAGCUAUGCAGAAACGGGAAGAUGGAGCCGCCUCCCCCAUGUCUGCUUUCGAUGCUCUACGGAUGCUCCAGGCUCCGGAGCACUCCCCAAGGCAUCCCGUUAGCUGCAAGUUGCAGCAUUCUGUCGGCGGUAAGCUGCGCAACUCUCAAGACAUCGGGCGGCGCGCCGACCCACCGCAUCUGGUGGGGGGCACGGCAGUUGUAAAUGCGCUCACUUGCUCUUCUCACUCAUGGCUGCUGUUUCAAGAACCCACAGUCUCGAUCUUGGUCUUGUUUUGGAAGUCCUUUGUUCACAAAUCCUCGGCCUACCAGACCAUGAUACCGACCCAUUCUUGCUAUCCAUACAUAGGAAAUAUGUCCAGUCCCCUUUGUCAACGUGUCUCACUCCUUUGGCUCGCCGACAUCGCCGAGACGGGCGAAAGAACAAGAAAUCAGUCAGAGACAUCCAAGCUCGACUUCGAUCCGACUUUCAUUUGCCGACUUUCUGGCCCGGAGUCCAUCCCAACUCCCGUAGUCCAAGACAUCACAGGGCUCCACGUAUGGGACGUGAUUGGUGCCGGGGCGACGGUCAAACGCUUUCGGCCCCGAAAGGAGGGAGAGACAGGCGCCGGACCCUCCCCUUCAUGCCAUGAUACCUUGUUUUCACCGCAGACACGGAGCCUUCACAAGCACGAGCUUGUGGAAACGACAUGCUCGUAUGGACACUCCCUAGCGAAGCGAACGGCACAGUUGCGAUCUUCGUACGCGUAUGAGCCUUUCUCCAAGCUUCGGCCUCGGCGCCCAUUAAUCCUCCGCCCCCCGAAUAGCCCGGCUUCUCUCGGCCCUCUCAUCGGCCCUCUCGUCGGAGUCUCCUGGUUCCCCGCACAUGCAUCGCCCAGUGACGCCUUACCGCCGCAAGGAUUAGGUACCAUAACACAUGAGCUUGACGUCUUGUUGCUCCUUCGAACAGUGUCGCAAAAAGAAAGUUCUUGCCCGUUUGUGCAGAUUUUAGGCGUUCCCAGUCAGGAACGACCCGGCGGAAGAACUCCAAAAUGGUACAAAACACUACAAACAGUGCAUAUUUACAUCACACCGAGUGAAGAUACUUGUUACACCAAAGAGUGGAAAACCAACCCAGAGUUGGACUGUUUUACCGCCCACCUCGAGAUUCAGUUUUCCUCGGCAAAUGAUCCGGCCAGCUCUGUUGAUCGCUCCAAAGCCCAAAAGCCAAAAAUAGGGCCGUCGUCUGGAUCCAACUUCCCCUACCGUGUUAGCACAGUAGACCAACCUUCCAUCUCACGUGUCGAAGGCCGAAAGAACCGCACGCUUGUGCGCCGUCGCGCCGCCCUAAAUGCUACCCCAGUGGCCUAUGCCAUCGUUCGCGAGGGAAAGUCACCGGUUCGGCGGUUCAUAGUAAAACAGAUCAUGUAUUCCAUAGGACCAACCCUCAUCCUCCAUCUCCCGCUCUUUCAAAUCCUCCUCCCAAAAACCAUCUGCCGAAGGCCCCACGGCCAGCGCACCCCAGUCGUGCCCCCAUCCUCCCAAAAGCCCCAACCAACGGGCCCCAGUGUCACGGCGUCGCCUUACGUGGCUUAUCAGCCCCCCCGAAGCCAAAAUCUUCGGCAGAUGUUUUUGCGCGUGUUCUGGCGGCCGCCGCAUCCAGAGGAGCCUGAGGAGGAGGUUCCAGAGGUUAUGGCGAUUGUUUCCCACGCCCCCUUGCGCCGGCCGUCCGUUUCCUUUGCCCGGCCCCCCAGCCCAAUGACACGAACAGGUGGGAUCGGAUCGGAGGUGCCCACGUGGGAAGAAGAGGGAAUCGACACUACACAGACUACACUGUGGCCGCUCACCUAUGCCGUUUCCGGAUCCUGCUAUAGCCCUUUCUAA